CUUUUGUUUUGAUUCUGAGAAAUAAACUAAGACGAAGAAAGUUUCGCUUUAUGAAUAUUGGGUAAUCCCCAAGUACCUUUGAAUAAGUAUAGUUGGGCGGUAUAUGUUAACUGACAGCAUUAUGAGUUGAAUCCUGAUCCCGGUGUGUUAUGGCCAGCUACUCCACGCCCUACCAGGCUGUCAGCUCGUACGAUGAAGACGACACUGACGACAAUGAUCUCACAAUUAACGAGCAAAAUGUGAUGAUUCACGUUGUUCCUGAGAGUAGUAAAGCUCGAUGGAAUCACAUUGAAAACCUUGAUGAGUUCUUCAACCGAAUCUACCAGUAUCACCAAAGACAUGGCUUUCUGUGCAUGGUGGUCGAAGAUGUUCUUCAGCUAGUUCAGUUUGUGUUUGUGGUGGUGUUUUCCACCUUCUUGAUGAAAUGUGUCAACUACAAUGUCCUGUUUGCCAAUGUUCAUUAUUCGAAUGAUUCUUACCACAAAGUGACAAUACCAGAAGCCAUUCUACCUAUAGACCAAUGUGUGCAGGGGUUCGACUUCUCUCUGGUUGUGUGUCUGAUUGUAGCUAGUGCUUUCUGGUUUUUCCGACUUCUCAAGGUCAUCUAUCUGACCUUCAAGUAUCUUGAAAUAAGAUCGUUUUUUAUCUCAGCUCUAAAAAUAGCAGCUAGUGACCUGCCUAACAUGACCUGGCACGAAGUACAGCGUCGACUUCUCGAGGUGCAGAAGGAGCAGCAUCUAUGUAUUCACAAACAAGAGCUUAAUGAAUUAGAUAUAUACCACAGAAUUCUUCGUUUCAAAAACUACAUGAUUGCAAUGGUUAACAAGUCGGUGGUGCCAGUUAAAUUCAAAAUUCCGUUUGUUGGAAAUUAUGUUUUUCUGAGUACUGGUUUGAAGUACAACUUAGAUUUUAUAUUAUUUUGGGGUCCGUGGUCACCAUUUGCCAACAACUGGCACUUACACCAGGACUUCAAGGAUGGACGUAAAAGAAAACAGUUAGCAGAAAGUUUGUCUUCUAAGAUACUCUGGCUAGGGAUAGCCAACUUCGCUCUGUCUCCUGUGAUACUGAUAUGGCAGAUACUCUACUUGUUCUUUCGGUAUGGUGAGUUAAUUAAGCGACAACCAAGUGCUUUAGGAGCCAGAAGAUGGUCGAACUAUGCGCGGCUGAAUCUGCGACACUUUAAUGAAUUAGAUCACGAAUUUAAUGCGAGACUAAACAGUGGAUAUGGUCCUGCAUCGUACUACAUGAAUAUCUUCACAACUCCUCUGCUUAUCAUCAUAGCAAAGAACUUCGCUUUCUUCACGGGGUCUAUCCUGGCAGUGUUGGUGGUAUUGACCGUCAUCGACGAAGACGUCCUCAGCGUGGAGCACGUUCUCACCACGAUGACGGUAGCAGGAGUAAUUGUCACUGUGUGCAAAGGAAUAAUACCUGAUGAGAAUGUGAUCUAUUGCCCGGAGAGACUGAUGAAGAGUAUUCUGAGUCACAUUCACUACAUGCCCGACUCGUGGAACGGCCGCGCACACACCACACAAGUCCGAGACGAGUUUUCACUUCUCUUUCAGUACAAAGCUGUUUAUCUGCUGGAGGAAAUGCUCAGUCCUGUCAUCACACCAUUCAUCCUGUGCUUUAGUCUGCGAGCAAAAUCGCUGCAGAUUGUUGACUUCUUCCGCAAUUUCAGCGUCGAGGUGGUCGGUGUCGGCGAUGUGUGUUCCUUCGCUCAGAUGGAUAUUAGGAAACAUGGCAAUGCACAGUGGGCCGCUAACACCGAGUCCAACAAGUCACAGCAAGCUGAGGACGGGAAGACGGAGUUAUCUCUUAUGCACUUUCAUUUAACCAAUCCUGAAUGGAAACCACCUGAGAUGUGCAGUAUAUUUAUUAACACAAUAAAGGAACAAGCUCAAACUGACCUGAUGUCACUGAACACUGUACAGCAAGAAAACCCUGCCUACUCGUCAUUCUACAGUCCUAUGCCCAGUCUCGGCGUGGGCGUCGGCUAUGGGUACAGCAGUAUGGUGUCCAGCUAUGUGAACCAGAGUCUCGCUAACACCACCGCGACGACCAACACAUUACCUCACCUCCGCGGCGCAGUCUCCAACAUAUCGGGUCCCAUCACCACCUCCAGUGGCCAGCUGCUGCUGGGAAGCCUUCACGGCUCCCUGGAUGCCAGCCAGUCGUGCAGUCCGGUCUCGGGCCCACCCCUGCCCCCGCCCCCGCUGUCACGCCUGGUUGACGAGGGCACACUGGAGCUACUGACGGCCGACAUGAGUCUGAGCGCCCUCUACCUGCAUGAGAUGCGACACCGGCGCAGUGUGGACGACGCCCGGGCCCGGGCUGUAUGGGCAAGGCAGGACAGCAACACGCCACACACGCCCACCAUGCCCGAGAUCUUAGAGGAGAAACCCGCUGAGGAGGACUGUUCGGAGAAGGAGCUAGACACCAGCGAACUGGCAAUGACAGACAGGUCGAAACCCUGCUGAUGUUGGCUUCUGUUUAGAGUGGUCGCAGUUUUACUGAUGUUUACGUUUAGUUUAAAGAGAAUGGAAUUAGGGAUGAUGUCAGCUUUUGUUUAGAGUGGUCGCAGUUUUACUGAUGUUUACGUUUACGUUUAGUUUAAAGAUAAUGGAAUAGAGCUGCUGUCAGUCUUUUUUGGUAGAUCUCUGAAUAAGAUGGAUGUUGAUUUUAUUGAAAAAUGUGUAAAUGGGAUUGAUGUUAGUUUUAUUUUAAAGACAACGGAAUAGGGCUAAUGUAAAGAUCUCUGAAUAGGUUUAAUGUUGGAUUUAUUUUAAAAUCUCUAAGUGGAAUUGGCAAUAGUUUUAUUUUUAAAAUAACGGAUAGGAAUGAUUUCAGUGUUAUUUUAAAAAUCUCUCCAAAAGAUUGAUCUUAAUUUGUUGUAAAGAUAACAAAAUGAAGCUAAUUUGAAUAAUUAUUUUAAAGAUCUCUGAAUAGGAUUGAUGUUAUUUUGUUUUAAAGAUAGCAGGGUGAAGUUGAUUUCAGUCUUAUUUGAAAGAUAUUGGAACAGCACUGAUGGCAGUUUUGUUGUACAUAUCACAGAACAUGAACAAUGUGAUAAUUUUAUUUUAAAAAUAACAGAAUGAAGCUGAUGUCAGUUUUAUUGGAAACAGAUCUUGGAAUAGGAUUGAUGUUAGUUUUAUUUUAAAGAUACCAAAUUAAAUCUGAUUUCAGUCUUUAUUUUUAUGAUCUCAGAACAACAUUGAUGCUAGUUGUUGUAGUUCAGGGAGACAAUUAAACAUCAGGUACUUGCUGAUUUGCAAUUUUAUAAUGAUCUCAGAACAGCGCUGUUUGGAGAGAGAAACCAAAACACCACCAACAUACCUGACGGGACAGAAACCUGCAGAUACAUGUAGUAGUGUUAUGUUAAAGGUCACAGAACAGUAACGGUUGUGGGAGACAGCGAGACACAAGUGAUUGUAUAUUAAAGGGACAUUCCUGACUUUGCUGCAUUGUUAGAUGUUUCCGACUAAUCAACUAUUUCUACGAUUAAACUUACAUAUUAAAUAUAUUUUCUUGUUUAGAAUAUUAGUGUC